GGUCAAGGUCAGAAUAAUAAACGGAGAGAGAGAGAGAAAGCAGUGCUCAGGAGAAAAGAACCGCUGAAGGACUGCACUUUAUGACAGUUGGAUGGAAUAAAAAGCAACCUCGCUGAUUCACAGGCACUGGUUCUCUGGAUGUGACAGCAGUAAGGCAUGUAACAGGUCGGCUUGCAUCAGACGAAGAGAAACCACGAUGAAUUUCUCUGCACUUAAAACUCUCAUGAACCUGGAGACCAACUGUACUGGCGGGGUACCAUGGAUACUGGAUAUAUUAGGGGAGUGCGUCUUGGAUACCAAGACCUACAUAUCCGUCAUCUUGGGAAUGGCGUCUCUGUUUAUUUUCAUCAUUGCGGCUUCCCCUCAGCUAAUAACCAACUGCAGGACAGGUAUUGUGGAUGAGGCGAUCUCUAUAGGAUUAAUACUGUGCUGGCUGGCGGGAGAUUCCACAAACCUGAUUGGAUGUUUUCUGACAGACCAGCUACCACUACAGAAAUGGUCAGCCAUUUACUAUGUGCUGAUUGAUAUGUUGCUGCUUGGUCAGUAUGUUUACUGCAAAUGGAAACACAUGAGACGUAACAGAAGAUUAAAAGUCCACAAUGUUAACAUUCAAGAUGAAGGUGUCUCCCAAUCGCGUCUCCUGCAGUGUAUAUUUGCCCUGUGGGGCAUAUCGUACAUUGGGAUCAGUCUGUUACCAUUCCAAGCCUCUGCCACAGAACAAGUGUCAGUUAUCAGUCACAUGAGACCUGCUGGUAGGACACUAUUACAGGAAACAGAACACCAUACUCCGGGACCUGUCUUCACAGGUACAGGUGAUAUAAUAGGCUAUGUGUGUGGUAUCAUAUCCACAUGUUUUUAUAUGGGGUCCAGACUGCCACAGUUACUGCUCAAUUUCCGCCGUAAGUCAACAGAGGGCGUUAACAUGGGCAUGUUCAUCCUGAUCGUGAGCGGCAACCUGACCUACGGCAGCAGCAUACUGGUGAAGUCCACGGAGGAGGUGUUUAUCCUCCAACACUUACCCUGGAUAGUAGGAAGCUAUGGCAUGAUUCUCAUUGAUAUCAUUACAUUCUCUCAGUUUUACUGUUACCGUGGCAACAAGGCAAUACACCUCGAUGAAAACACUGAGGAUUAUGAGAAUGAGGCAGAGAAACCUUUAUUAGAUGAAGAUGAGCAUAAUGUGGAAUACUGAUAUUAUUAUGGUGCUAAAAGUUUUGGUUUUAGGUCUUAGAAGUAUGAAAUUAGCAUUAUUACAUCAAAAGAAAAACACGGACUUGAAUUUUAAAAUUAUACUCGUUGCUUUAUUAAUCUUUAUGUACAGCUGCCUUACAAUUGUGAUAUUCAAAACUUUUAUUAGAUUAAUUUCUUUUCAUUCAUUUAUAUGAUAAACUAGGGUUUAAUGUAAAUGAUGCAGAAAUCUGGCUUAAAGGUGUUUAAGAGACGGUGAUCGUAAUUCAAGACUGAAAGCUGUAUAUAUUUCUGAAGCACUUUAAAAUGAGUCAGUAAAAUUAUGUAUGACUGAUGCUUUACAUCCCAGUGGAGCUCUAUUUCUCAUUGAAUUUGAACAAAAUUAGAUGAUAUUAGUGAUAAACAGGCAUUCGUAACUUAGGUGGGUUUAAUGUUUGACGUUCCAUUCUACUAUGCACAGAUGCAAAAGCUAAUUAUUAUUAUUU